UGGUCAGCAGCCAAUGAACGCUCGGCAUGUUCGGGCAUGGCUUCAUUUUAUUCCUCCUUAUUUACACAAACUGUCCUUUUCCCCGUCGCCUUUUGCCAAGGGUAGGGGGGUGUGCAUAGGCAGAAAUCAACCUAUGCUUAAAAUUUUAUUUUGCGUAAAGUUCAUACUUUCACUUUUUGUGUUUAAUACCGCUUUACACUCACCUUUCGAAAGCGCUAGUUGAUUUUUUUUUUUUGCAAGCUAUUCUUUUUAAAAACAUUAAAGCAGCAAAACUACUCAAGAUGCUUGAUACAGUAACACGUGUAACGCAGCCCUUUCCAGUCCAGCUGAAGACCCUGAUGGACCUGGAAGGCAGAUACCAGCCAAAGCUCAGUGGGCUGAGACUUAUUGACAGUGCCCAGGACAACGGCCUCAGGAUGACCYCCCGRCUGAGAGAACUGGAGGUGAAGGACCUGCUCUCCCUCUCCAGGUUCUUCGGUUUCUGCUCYGAGACCUUCUCGCUUGCCGUCAGCUUGCUGGAUCGCUUCCUCUCUGUGAUGAAGAUUCAGCCCAAGCACCUGUCCUGCGUCGGCUUGUGCUGCUUCUACAUCGCUGUGAAAGCCUCGGAGGAGGAGAAGAACGUGCCGCUGGCCAACGACCUGAUCCGCAUCAGUCAGAACCGCUUCACAGUGUCCGACAUGAUCAGGAUGGAAAAGAUCAUCAUGGAGAAGCUCCACUGGAAGGUGAAGGCCCCCACGGCUCUGCACUUCCURCGCCUGUUUCACGGUCACGUCCAGGAGCAGCUCGAUGCUGAGAGCAGGAAUAUUCUGAGCCUUGACAGACUGGAGGCGCAGCUGAAAGCAUGUCACUGCUCGUUUGUCUUCUCCAAAAUCAAGCCCUCUCUUCUUGCCAUUGCUCUGCUGUGCUURGAGGCCCAGGAACAACACGACCCUGAGGACGCAAACCAAACAUCCGAGGCCCUGAGAAACCUCCAGCAGCUGCUGAAUGUAAAAGAUGGUGACCUGGUGUGUGUGAGGGAGUUAGUGGGGAAAUGCCUGGCCGAAUACGCCACCACCAAGUGCUCCAGACCCAACGGCCAGAGGCUUCGCUGGACCAUUUCAGGAAGAACUGCUCGUCAGCUGAAGCACAGCUACUACAAGAUCGCUCACCUCCCCACCAUUCCUGAGUCAUCUUCUUAAAGCUGGAGCGUAUAAAUGGGUGAUUUUUUUUUUAACCUGCACAGAAAUUCCACCUGUUCUCAACGUGACGUCGUAAUUUAGCAGUGUGGUCACCCGUUUYUAUUUCCUAAUUUUCCUUACAGAUCUCCAUCAGUGAUGAUGGAUUUCUUUAAGGAAGAGCUUUUAUAUCAAGUUAGCUUUAGAUUGGUCAAACACUGUCCCACUAACAAGGAGUAAUACUUCUACUUGCACAGGUGUACAGUAUGUUCUCGUUUAAAUUUGUACCAUUUCCUGGUAUGGGUUUAGUUUUAAGCUAUUAAUGUAUUGAACCACCUAGGUCCUCAGUCCACCAUGUGGAAGAGGAGGGAGAAGGAUUUUGUGAAUAGCAAAAAUGGAACCAAGAAAUCGGGCCCAAGAUCCUUAACUCCCACCCUAGGUUGCUAAACUGUCCUGAAAGCACACUCCUACCCAAGGUGAUUUUUUGUUUUUCUUUUGAUGCGGCGAGGGAUUUCUGGUUUGAGCCAGUGAAGUGAAACUAGUGACAAAUCUGUCACCUGUAGCUAAAACAUCAUUAUUAGAGCUGAAAUCAGCAGCGACUGAGGUUUUAUCUGGUUGACCUGCUACAMGCUUGAACUGGUUUUAGUUUAAUAAAAGUUGCAGCUGCCGUGGAAAUGUGGGUUGGAAUUUGUCCGCCAUUUUUCUUUUCCAGUUUCCCCGUGUAGUUAGUUUCACUAGAGAUGAAACAUGUUCUUGGCUUUACAACCYUCAAACACAGAUACGUGAAUGUACUUGCACCUUUCAAUAAAACUUUAUUGAAAAGCUA